AAUCUGUGAUAAUCUAGUCAGUUGAUCACAUGCAAGUUAUCAGAGAGACAAGACAAGAGUAAAAAUGUUCCGUUUGUUAGCCUUGAAUGUCAAAAUAAUAUAUUUUGUUGUUACGCCGAGUGAAUUUCAUAUUAAAUAAUAAAAUUAACACUACACUGUGUUAAUGUAAUUAAUCUAUACAGUAAUAACAAUAGUAUAUAAAUAUAUAUGCAGUAAUAUAUAGUUGUUAUACAUAAUUAAAUAAUAUAUUAAAAAAUAAAAAUGGACCAAAGUAUGUACAGAGAAAUGGAAGAACGGAGGUCUAUACGUGAUAACAGUAGAAAUUUAAAAAAAUACGGAAGUACAUCAAAACGCGUCAUACGUAAUGAGAAUUUAAUAAAACAUAUUAUUUGCAAAACUGAUACUCUUCCAGGUAUUGCAUUAAAAUAUGGAACUACGACUGAACAAAUUAGGAGGAUAAAUAGGUUAUGGGCAUCUGAUAGUUUAUUUUUACGCGAAUCUUUAUUAGUUCCUGCUCCUGUACAAAUAAAUUCAGCAUCAACGUCAUCGUCCUGCAGUAAUAAUGAUGGAAUUGCUGAAUGCAAUGAAAGUGACUAUUGUCAAGACCCAAGUGCUAAUACAGUAUCUUCAGACGAAGACAGUUCAAUCAAUAAUUUUUUAGCUAGAAUGGAUUCUUCGAUAGCUAGUGUUAAGAAAGAUAUACAAAAAACCCAGGGUAAUAGUGCAUUUAGUCCAGAAGAAGAGUUAUUAUUUGUACAAAGAAGAUCAGGAAGUCGGUUGCGUCAUUCGCACCCACAGCCUUCACCAAUGCAUUCGUCCUUUUCAACUGCAUCAUCUUCGUCAUCUCAUCUAUCAUCAGCUGCAGGUCCAGCCAGGUCAUCGUCAGAAGACAACGUCAAUGACCUGCCCUCCGCGGUGGUCAUGACUCAAGGAAAAAAAUUAAAAAGUUCCCUACAAAAAUUGCAACAGCAGCAAGACGAAAUAUUUCAAUUGUAG